GAACACAAUUCAAACCAAGUAGAAGCCUUUCAGUUGAGCUGUGCAGCCGUUCUGGAUGCCAGGAUGAAACCUGCUCUGCUCUGCAUGCUGGGCUUUUUCUUGCUCAGUUCUUUGCUUCAUGGACGUGCUGAUGCAGAUAAAACAAUACAGCCUGUCGACGUCACUGAUCCAGACACCAACAAACCUCCUGCAGAAAUCAAGGCAACUCUGGCUGCAGACGAAACAACCGUACCACCAGGGGGCAGUGUGACAUUAACCUGUUCUGUGGACAAACCUGCUGAUUUAACAUUUGAGCUCUUCAGAGAACCUCCACCCACCUAUCAGACCAGAGUUUCUCCUCGAUCAGAUGGAGUUUUCAUCAUCACUGAAGGAGGAAUUUACACCUGCAGAGGAUUUAAAACCGAACAUAACUUUAUGACAAGUAUGAGUGAUGAAGUUAUUAUACAGGAAACUGAAAUCAAGGCAACUUUGAAAGCAGACAAAACAACCAUACCACCAGGGGGCAGUGUGACAUUAACCUGUUCUGUGGACAAACCUGCUGAUUUAACAUUUGAGCUCUUCAGAGAAUCUUCAUCCACCGAUCAGACCAGAGUUUCUCCUCGAUCAGAUGGAGUUUUCAGGAUCACAGAAGGAGGAAUUUACAUCUGCAUAGGAUUUAAACCUGGGACAAACUUUGUGUCAGCUAUCAGUGAUGAAGUCACCAUUAAUGAGAGAGUUUCCAACAGAGUUUCAGUCACUUCACAACCAAACCGAUCUCUGAUAUACAGAGGAGAGAAAGUCACUCUGAGAUGUGAGAUCCAGGAUGAUGGAGGAACUGAGUGGACAUAUGAAUGGAAAACAACCAAUAGAAACUCUCCGUCAUCCAGUGAAUUCAGGAUCAUCACAGCUACUCAGGCUGACAGUGGAGAAUACAGCUGUAAGGGUAGAAGAGGCUACGAGUUUACAGGAUGGAGUGAAGCCAUCAGACUGACAGUGUCAUCUGAUAAACCCAGAGCCACCCUGAAGGCAGAGAAAAGAAUCAUACCAGCAGGGGGCAGUGUUACACUGAACUGCUCUGUUGAAGGAUCUACUGGCUGGGAGUUCAGGUACACAUUUACAUAUUAUUCUGUAGUUGGAUCCUCCAGAAACACAGAACCAGAUGGAACCAUCAGAGUGUCAGAGGGAGGAGAGUUCAGCUGCAGAGGAAGAAGAGGAGACUCAUCUUUUGAAUCAGAAACCAGUGAAGAGGUCACCAUUCAGAAAACUGUUUCUAAGCCGACUGUGAUCCUGCGACCACGUUGGUCUCUGAACGAAGAAGAUAAUGUCUAUCUGGAGUGUGAAAUCCAGAAACGAGCUCAGUGGACGUAUGAAUGGAGAAAAAACAAUUUCAAUUAUAAUCCAGCACCCAGGAUCAUCACAGCUAACAGUGGAGAUUAUAGCUGCAAAGGAACAAGUGACUAUUUGUUAACACAGUGGAGUGAUGUCAUCACAUUAACUAUCUCUCCCAAUAAACCCAGUUUGAUUCUGCAACCCAACUGGUCUCAGAUCUACAGAGGAGAGAAAGUCACUCUGAGAUGUGAGAUCCAGGGAGGAACUGAGUGGACGUAUGAAUGGAGAUCAACCAAUGGAAACUUUCCAUCAUCCAGUGAAUACAGCAUCAUAUCAGCUACUGAGUACCACAGUGGAAAAUACAGCUGCAGAGGAAAAAGAGGGUUUUCCUUUACACCAUGGAGUAAUGUUGUUAAAAUAACUGUAUCGUUUCCCCCUCAGCCUGUCCUCUCUGUGUCUCCAUCAUGGCCGAAUCCUGGAGCCUCAGUGACUCUGAGCUGUGAGGGUUUGGAGCUUCAAUCAGCAGGAUGGAGGUUCUUCUGGUAUAAAGUUGUUCCUGAUCCACCCAGCAACUCCUACAGCAUUGAGCUGCUGCCUGGCAGCACCAAUGGGACUGAGCAGAACUCCUUCAUCAUUAAUGGACCGACUCACACAGCAGAAUUUCUGUGCAGAGCAGGAAGAGAAGAACCAAAGUUUUACACUAAUUACAGUAAACCAAAGUUUGUCUGGUCUGCAGAUCCUCGUCCAGCAGCUUCUCUCUCAGUGAAUCCUGACAGAGUUCAACACUUCAGAUCUGACUCUGUGUCUCUGAGCUGUGAGGGAAACUCUGCUGAGUGGAGAGUGAGGAGGUUUAUAGAAAAUUAUCGACUGUUGUACUUUACCUGCUCCUACUGGGGAAAAAUGACUGGAUCUACAUGCACCAUUGACCCAUACUGGUUGAAUAGUGGAGUGUUCUGGUGUGAGUCAAAAUCUGGAGAGUUUAGCAACGCUGUCAACAUCACUGUACAGGUAGAAGCCUUUCAGUUGAGCUGUGCAGCCGUUCUGGAUGCCAGGAUGAAACCUGCUCUGCUCUGCAUGCUGGGCUUUUUCUUGCUCAGUUCUCUGCUUCAUGGACGUGCUGAUGCUGAUAAACCCAGAGCCACCCUGACACCAGAGACAAGAAUCAUACCAGCAGGGGGCAGUAUUACACUGAACUGCUCUGUUGAAGGAUCUACUGGCUGGGAGUUUUACUGGAUCAGAAGUGGACAUCAUUGUUCUGUAGUUUUAUUCUCCAGAAACACAGAACCAGAAGGAACCAUCAGAGUCUCAGAGGGAGGAAAGUACAUCUGCAGAGGAAGAAGAAGAGGAGACUAUUUUGAAUCAGAAACCAGUGAAGAGGUCACCAUUCAGAACACUGUUUCUAAGCCGACUGUGAUCCAGCAACCAGGCUGGUCUCUGAACGAAGAUAAAGUCUAUCUGGAGUGUGAUAUCCAGAAACGAGCUCAGUGGACGUAUGAAUGGAGAAAAAACAAUUUCAAUUAUAAUCCAACACCCAGGAUCAUCACAGCUGACAGUGGAGAUUAUAGCUGCAAAGGAACAAGUGACUAUUUGUUAACACAGUGGAGUGAUGUCAUCACAUUAACUAUCUCUCCCAAUAAACCCAGUUUGAUUCUGCAACCCAACUGGUCUCAGAUCUACAUAGGAGAGAAAGUCACUCUGAGAUGUGAGAUCCAGGGAGGAACUGAGUGGACGUAUGAAUGGAGACCAACCAAUAGAAACUUUCCACCAUCCAGUGAAUACAGCAUCAUAUCAGCUACUGAGUCCCACAGUGGAGAAUACAGCUGUAGAGGAAAAAGAGGGUUUUCCUUUACACCAUGGAGUAAUGUUGUUAAAAUAACUGUAUCGGUUCCCCCUCAGCCUGUCCUCUCUGUGUCUCCAUCAUGGCCGAAUCCUGGAGCCUCAGUGACUCUGAGCUGUGAGGGUUUGAAGCAUCAAUCAGAAGGAUGGAGGUUCUUCUGGUAUAAAACUGUUCCUGAUCCAUCCAGCAGAUACUACAGCAUUGAGCUGCUGCCUGGCAGCACCAAUGGGACUGAGCAGAACUCCUUCAUCAUUAAUGGACCGACUCACACAGGAAGAUUUGUGUGCAGAGCAGAAAGAGGAGAACCAAAGUUUUACACUAAUUACAGUAAAUCAAAGUUUGUCUGGUCUGCAGAUCCUCGUCCAGCAGCUUCUCUCUCAGUGAAUCCUGACAGAGUUCAACACUUCAGAUACGACUCUGUGUCUCUGAGCUGUGAGGGAAACUCUACUGAGUGGAGAGUGAUGAGGAUUAUAGAAAGAGAAGGACUGUCAGACUUUACCUGCUCCUACUGGGGGAAAAUGACUGGAUCUACAUGCACCAUUAAUCCGUACUAUUAUAUGGAUGGAGUGUUCUGGUGUGAGUCAAAAUCUGGAGAGUUUAGCAACGCUGUCAACAUCACUGCUCAGGAUGAUAAUCAUGAUGGUGUUAUCCUGGUGAGCCCUGUUCAUCCUGUGACUGAAGGAGAUCCUGUUACUCUGAGCUGCAGAGAUAAAAAACAAAAUCUUCUCUCCAAUGUGUUUUUCUAUCAUAAUGAUAAACUCAUCAAUAAUGACGGCAGAGAGGAGCUGAAUAUCUCUGCAGUGUCAAAGUCAGAUGAAGGUUUCUACAAAUGUCAACAUUCAGGAAAAGAGUCACCAAGGAGCUGGAUGUCUGUUAGAGUAACUGUAUCCAGUCCUGUCAGUUCUUCAUUUCCUGUCAUGUUGAUCGUUGGACCAGUUGUUGGAAUCGUUCUCAUUAUUCUCAUUAUUGUCCUUCUCUUGUUGUGGCGCCGCAGACGGUCCAAAGAUUUAAGCAGUAACAGAUUGAAUCAACCAGAGAGCAUCAAUCCAGCCUCAGCUACAAAUCAUGAAGUGACCCAGAAUGACGGUUCUGUUUACAGCUCUCUGCUUCAUGGUGACACUUCCCUCUAUGAGACAAUCCAACUCAGCAGAGCCUCAGGAAACGCAGAGAAGAUUUAUCAUCCAGCAGAAGAUACUGACUAUGCUAAUGCUAAACCAGGAAAGAGGAAUGUGAUGGUUCGUUCUCCAUCAGGGCUGGUCCAAGGCAAAGGCAACGCAAGCUGAGUGUCUACUUAGGGCCCGGGGCUGUUAGGGGGCCCUGGAAGUGGAAGUGAUUCAUUUUCUUUAUUAAUGAUUUCUAUGUGAUUGCAUUAACAAAAACGCACAAUUUCCUUAUAAAGUUGUGAUUUUCAAAAAAAUAAAAAUGGCCACAGUGGGUCAAGCUUCACCGGUAAUAUGAGCUGCCUGUAAUGUGCAGUGAACCAGUGGAAGAUAAGUUAGCAAAACAAUGGCGCAGAAAGGACUUAGCUUUCAGGGACAAAGGAAAGAAAGAGGAAGAAUAGAAAAAAGUCGAGAUAAAGGUAUGUUUUUAUGUGUCUUGGUAAUGUAAUGUUUAUCAAAAAUAUUAGUGGAGCUACUAAUGGAAAAUUCAACAGCUAAACAUUUAUGCUAGCAUCUUUGCACUUGUGUGAAACUGAGCUUUAACUUUAAAUGAGUUUAUUGUCGUUGUUGGGCUUAUAUAUUUGAGUUGUUGGUCUUUUUUUUUCUUAUAAACAUUUCGCUCAUUGUCGUUUAACAUUAGAUAACAAUAAUUAAAACUUCCCAAUGUUUGACUUUGUCUAGCAAAAUGCUUUUACAUCAGACUACAUGGCUACUGCAUUGAUCUAUCAAUGAGCUAAUCUUAGCUGUAGUUGGUGAUAUAUUGUUUGCUGCUGCACAUGAUAUUUAAUGUGGCUAAAACAAACAUUAUUUUUACAUCAACUUCUUAAGUAUGAGAAUCUUCUCCAGGAGCUGUUAAAAUCAUUUGAAGGCACAGAAUCAGCCCAGUACUGAUCCACAUUCACAGGCAAGAAAAACUCACCUUGUAUAAAUUUAAUAUCUAGCUAUUGGUAUUAUUAGUAUUUUAUUAAUAUCUAUGUAUGUAUUCCCUCUUAAAUCCAAUGCAUAGUACAUUUUGUUACUUUUACUACCACUAGCAUAUAGGAUACAAUUUAAAAUGUGCAGUCAGAGAUUUAAUAAAUUUAUAGCAGGUGUGCGAAUGAUCUAAUCAUCUGACUAUUGAUUGGAUCAAUUCACAUUAGCAGAAACAAAGCAGGGCUCCAAAACCAAAUUUUGCUUCCAGCCCCAUGGUGGUUUGGGUCAGCCCUGUUCUUCAGCAUACUGCAUCAGAUAAAAGCUGUUAUCUUGUGUAAUCCCAUAUCUUUGUAUGCUUUUAUUACAAUCCUGUGAAUAAAAAUAUUUUCCAAAUGUCA